AUGUCGCGACCUGACCCUACCCGGAGAUCUAUGAGCUACCCGGAAGCAAGUCAAAGCAAUAAUGCGGCCGAACCAGUGGCAUCAACAAGUAGUGCGUGGACGACUCCAACGACCCCAACUAAUGGACCUUUUCUCAGCAUCGCAGUACAACCGGAGAAGUAUAAAAGAUUUCGUUACGAAGACGAAUUGACUUCAACAACCGUACUCCAAGGUGCAAAGACUACCACUGAAGGUGACGAUGAUGAAAUCACAACAUACCCCACGCUUAUGGUAAACAAUGUAGAGAAGCAUGACAAAGCACUCAUCGUCAUUUCAACCGUCACUGCCAACGAACCAUUUAGAGCUCAUCCCAACGGACUGAUGGGGAGGAAUUGCUUCUCCUACGUGUACUCAAAAGAAGUUGAGCUCCGUCCAGGGAAUAAUAUGAUUGUAUUCAACGACCUCCGCAUCAUAAGGGUAAAGACGGCUGAUUACAAACAUGCGCUCAGGAUUAGAGAAGUUCAGAAAGUUGAUCCCUUUCAAAAGGGGUUCAGACAUGAACUUACCAAGGACUUCACGCUUACUGAGCUGCGCCUGUGUUUUGAAGUGAAACUACGCAGGUGCAAGAAAGUACUGGAGCCGAUAGUGUCUAAUCCUAUCUAUAACACGAGGAGAUCUACCAAGCCACAGAUACACCAUUACGCCCCCGGGUCAGGCAGCGCUAAGGGCGGGGCCAAACUUCUCAUCUUGUGUUCUGUGGUAAAGGAAGAGAUCGAAGUAGUAUUCUUCACGAAGCCUAGUGACAGUGAACCGGCUUGGGAGUCCCAUGCGAUGGGUUUGAAGGUGCAUGGCACUCAGUCGCUGUACUGUUUCGCGCCGCCCUACCGAGACACCAACAUCAAGGAAAGUGUUACUGUCUACUUUGAAUUGAGGAGAAAAUCAGACGACACUCGAAGCAAUGCUGAGAAAUUUCAUUAUUUGCCGUAUGAUACUGAUGAGGAGAUUGUAAACAGGAAGAAAUUGAAAAUUAUAGAUCCAACUCUAAGUUUGUUUCACCAGGAGAGCAGUGCUUGCGGAAACUUAUCGCCACUUACAACUGAUGAUUUCCAACUGUUUCUCCCUUCUCUGUCCUGGAAUAAACCAGCUGAUAGAGACGACGCUGAUGGCAACAUGCACGCUAGCGACCAGGUUAUAUCAACUCCAAACCCAAGUAAUAAUGACAGUCGCUGGUCAGGACCGACACCCGUCCCCAAUAAUAGAAAUCCCUUCAUUGAAAUUCCGCCAGAACCUAGUCAUUCUAACCGUGAAUUUUACAGACAAAGCUCUAUCAAUUUGCCUGUAUUACACAACACGCAAAUUAACUCAGCAAUCAUGAAUAGUGAUGAGCAAUGCAGGUCACAAAUGCAACUCAUAAUAGAAACGUCACAGAAUAUGAUGCAGUCCACACAACCGAAUUGGCACCGUAUGACACAAAAUACCCAACCGACGCUAACCAACGCGGGCCAAAUGUCCUAUAAUGUACCAGUGCAAUCAAAUACUUUGCAAGGAGACAUACAAACUGCUCAGAACGGGCUAUCUGGGCAAUAUAACGGGUACGAUAUAUCAGACGAAAUGCAAUGGAUGUCACAAAAUACACAGUAUUACUCAAAUAAUGCUCAAUCUCCUGAAUAUCCGCAACAGAAUAUGCAAUCCGCGUCGAUGGCGAUGGAAACGCAAUGCACAUACCCUACCAGCAGAGCCAACUUUUGCCAAAAUUGCAAUCGAUUACAAAAUGAACCCGAACAAGUAAUGUAUGUAGAACAUAACGGCGGAAAUGAAGAGUGCUUACCUGGCAACGAUUCAGAUGAUUUUUUUUUAUUAUAA